UGCCAUCCAACUCAAGGCUCUUGGCUAUAAAUAACAUAUUAGCAUAAAUUUUUUAAAAGAAGAAAUGUUGAAAAGGAUACCCAGCCCCCGUAUCAGUUUCUUUGACAAGCUCGCAUAUGACGCCAAAACUCUUGCAUCCUCUAUCAAGAUUCAACGUCAACAACAUAACAUGAACGACCACCUAAUAUUAGAGUCCCAGUCCCACCCAAGCCAGAGCCGAAGCAACGUCACCGACCCACGCGUUGUCCACGCUCAAGCCAUCGUUGCCGCCAACACCGACCGCUCUGUCUACAACAACCUAAUCACUCUCUAUUCCAAAUCCGACCUCUUGUCCUACUCCCUCCGCCUCUUCCACCAAAUCCCUUCUCCCAACGUCGUCUCAUGGACCGCCCUCAUCUCCGCCCACGCCAACUCCAUCCUCUCCCUCCACCACUUCGUUUCUAUGCUCCGCCACCCCACCUUCCCCAACCAGCGCACCUUUGCCUCUCUCUUCAAAACCUGCACUGCGCUCCCUUCCUUCUCUUUCGGCCUUGGCCUCCACUCUCUCGCGCUAAAACUCUCGGUCUCUAGCGAGCCCUUUUCUGGGUCCGCACUCGUUAAUUUCUACUCUAAAUAUCGUUUACCCAAUGAAGCUCGUAAGGCGCUCGACGAUAUCACUCACAGAGAUGAGGUUUGUUAUUCCGCCAUUAUCGUGGGACUUGCGCAGAAUUCACGGCCCAUCGAUGCGUUAUCGAUGUUUGCUGAAAUGAGAGCUUGCGAUGUGGCGUCCACGAUCUAUAGUGUCUCCGGCUCGCUUCGUGCGGUCGCAGAGAUUGCUGCAUGGGAGCAGUGUAGGAUAAUCCAUGCCCAUGCGGUUGUUACGGGGCUAGAUUCCAACGUGAUUGUGGGUAGUGCUCUAAUUGAUGGGUAUGGAAGAGCAGGUUUUAUUUCAGAUGCUCGGGAGGUUUUUGAUGAGAAUUUUCCGGUGAUGAAUAUCGUGGGUUGGAAUGCAUUGAUGGCUGGCUAUGCACAGCACGGAGAUAACAACAUGACCCUCCGGCUUUUCAACUCAAUGGAAGCUCGAGGGCUUGUGCCGGAUGAAUAUAGCUUUCUAGCAGUCCUAACAUCGUUUUGCAAUGCAGGUUUGGCUGUUGAGAGUGAGCAGUGGAUGAAUAGGAUGAAAGUGGAUUACGGUUUGGAACCGGGACUAGAGCAUUAUACGUGUUUGGUGGGUGCAUUGGGACGAGCUGGUCGAUUAAAAGAAGCUGAGAGGCUUGCAAUGACUAUACCUUUUGUGCCGGAUGCUGCAGUGUGGCGGUCAUUGCUAUCCAGUUGUGCAUAUCACGGUGCAGCAGAUAUGGCUUGGACCAUGGCUAGAAAGUUAUUGGAACUUAACCCUCAUGAUGACUCGGCUUAUGUGAUUGCUACCAAUGUGUUAUCAGUUGCAGGUAGGUGGGACGAGGUGGCAGAAGUGCGGAAGAUGAUGAAAGAUAGGGGGGUGAAGAAGGAAGGUGGGAGGAGCUGGGUAGAAGUGCAAGGGAAAGUACACGUGUUUUUGGCCGGGGAUAGAAGGCAUGAGAGGACGGAGGAAAUAUACGAGAAGUUGGCAGAGUUAAUGGAAGAGAUUGAGAAAUUAGGGUAUGUGCCGGUUUGGAAAGAGAUGCUUCGUGAGGUAGGAGAAGGGGAGAAAAGGGAAGCUCUUUGGUAUCACAGUGAGAAAUUGGCAGUGGCUUUUGGAGUGGUGAGUGGAGCUGCCCCACCCGGUAAGGCACUAAGGAUUGUGAAGAAUUUGAGGAUUUGUAGGGAUUGUCACGAGGCAUUCAAGUAUUUUAGUAGAAUUUUGGAGAAGGAGAUUAUUGUGAGGGAUGUAAACAGGUAUCAUAGAUUUUCAUAUGGUAGUUGCUCAUGCGGAGAUAUCUGGUAACUUGUAGGAGAUGAGGCAUCUAAUGCUACCCAAGGGAGAGAGACUUGCACACCCUUCAAAUGUUAGGGGUGUUGCACCUUUUGUCAACAUUCGACGUUCGCUUAUAAAGAUUGUUUUUAUGUAGCGUCUGAUGAGUUCCUUUUCUUGUUAAAAUGUUUUUUCAAAUUUUAAGAGCUUGCCAAUAUAAGUCCAAAUUUUAACUAAAUGCAAGAAAAAAUAUCUACAUUGGCCUAGCUAAACUUCCAAACUUUGACAUUUGUCCUAUGGUAUUUCUUAGCUCAUCUCUAUGUCUGGCGAGGUACUAUUCACGGACCAAACUGAUAUCUUAUCAUUUAUCUACCUCCCCGCUCGCUAACUCUUUCCUUGGGUUUUUCUCUGUCUUCAUCCCGAAACCCCUCAUUUGAUAUUUCUUUUCUUUCUUUCUCUCGAAACUCCCUUCUCUUCUUCGACUCAGGCAAUCCCCUCUUCUCUCUGUCGUUCUUUUCUUCUUCAACCCGCAAGCCUCAUUCUCUCACACAUUUUCGUUCAGCCUAAUAAAAAACACGUCCAACCAUUCAAACCAUCUUUCAUUGAAGCUUUUCCUUUCACACCAUGAGAUCCAAGGAACGCAAACUGGUACUCUCUCUCUCUCUCUCUCUCUCUGAUUUUAGCUCGUUUUUGUACAGACUGGAUCUAUCAGUUUGAACUCGUGUUUGUGUAAUGGAAAAUUUGUAGUUUUCUUUGUUCUUGCAA